AGUUAAAAGAAAGUGAAGACGCAAGGUUGAAAAAAGUGACAUUAAAAAUAUUUAUUUAAAAAUAAUUGAAAUAGUUGAAUUUAUAUCACAGAUAGGGUUGGUAAACCUGAGUAUGAGCAAAAACCACAUGGAAAAGGUACUGAUGAUCAGUGGGAAGAGGUGAAAAUAUUAAGAGACAGAGAAGAACGACAGAUGAGAAGCGCCACAAAACGGAGAUGCGGACGUUUUAGAAAACAUUCGGCAUGGAUCGAGCUCCAUGUUCGCCCGUGAAAGUGAUGCGGUAUAUCCGCGAUUAGGGGAUACAAAUCUCGUGUCUAGUGGGAGGACGUUGAAUAGUUUGUAUGCGUUAGUUUGUGAGUCAGUAUUUGGAACCGGUCGUUUCGAGAGUGGCAAGGUUACUUUAAGGGUGUGUAAUCCCUCGGCGUGUCAGAAAGUAGCGUGGCGAAACGAUUUUUGGUUUGGUCUCGGUGCACGAGGAAAUCUUGGUAAAAACCGAUCGCGACAACACAAAGUAAUACAGUUUAAUCGAAAGAAGAUAUCGGAAAGAACGACGGAGAAGAGAAUACUAAUAACAAAGGCAAAAAUAAUAACGUUAAAAGUGGUGGCGAAGGCGGCGACAACGACAACGACAGUGACGGCGACGACAGCGGUGGCGCAAGGUGUGAGGACGAGGUGAAUGCACGGCGGCCGCGGUGUGUGCCAGUGGUGUGCGCGCUCGUCGCUCGUGGAAACCCGCCAAAACCCGCGGCCGCGAACAACCACCAGCAAGAGCAGCAACAAUAGCAAUAACAACAGCAGUAGAAGGAAAAGGAGAAGGAGGAGGAGAAGGAGGAGAAGGUGGAACAGCAUUAGCAGUAGUAGUAGUAGUAGUAGUGGUAGCAGCAGCAGCAGCAGCAGGAGCAGAAGCAGCGGUAACGCGCGACGUUGUGCUGUUUUGACAACUUUCCGCCGCGUCGGGGCGUCGCGCCGUUUCUCUCGCGGCGGCGGCGGCAACAGCAGCAGAGACAACAACAACGGGAUCAACUCGUUUUAAGAAGGUCGUUCGUGACGGCGGUUACAGUUGCGACGCUGCUGACCCCUCAGCCUAUACGACGACGACGGCGGUGGCGACGACGACGGUGGUGGCGGCUGCGUUGUUAUUAUUUUGCCGCGGUGCUUUUGACCCUACAAACCGGGCGAGUUCAUUGCAGCGCUUUCGCGGGGGUGUCAGCCAGUUUUAUUACUCCGGCCUUCUCCGUCCGCAGCAGCAGCGCCGACGGCGCCAGAACCAUACCACGACGUGGUAUAUGCAGCAUGUCUACUAGUGUAUGUACUUGAUCACACCAAUAAUCCAGGCACGUUGAACCGCCUAUUCAUAGGGCGAGAAGUUGCCGACAACUUCUGAACAUUGACUUAGUGCGAUAUCUUGACCGAGUCAACUGAAAAGAACUACAGUGACGUUGCGACUGAUUGUGAGAAAGGACGCGACGAACCACGUGAUAUACCUGUCGUCGGGCCGCGUCAUGCAAAGCAUGCUCGACUCCCCGAUGGCCAUAACCUGAAUUGAGCCGAUUUGACCCGAUUAAACCCGAUUCAACGUAGUCGCAGUUGAACGAACAAGCAAACGAACGAAUGAAAGAAAACAAACGGUAGCCAUUGACUUUUUUCGUCUUUCCUCGUGCUUGCGCUCUCGUUAUUCUCUCUGCUGUUUUUUCCUUGUGAUAAAGAACACGCUACCGCUUUUUGCGAUUAACAUGAGGAUGUUCGCUUGUGAGUAACAAGUGUAUUAUGCUUUGAUGGUAUUAUUCGUCUAGUGUGAAAACAAAGUAAAGAUUUAAUCACAGGAAAAAGAUUAGUCAGUCUGCUUCUAACAGGUGACUAGUUGAACAAAUGGACGGAUUGAUCGCGAUACGUAUACUGUUUCUCGUUCGUUUAGUGUCCUCUCAUAACGGUGUUAACUUGAAAUAAUCAUGCUAUGGAGCACUGUGCACUUAGUGUCAUUGAUACAGUGUCGGUAUAGUGUCAACCGUUACGUGUAAUUGUCUGAAGGUGGUGGCGUGGGAGUCCGACAUUUUAACCGCUCGUAUUCACGAAAAGAUACAAGUGUCCACGUGUGAAAUACGGUCGCCACUCAGGCCUGUGAGAAUCACAAGUCGAGCUUAUCAACAAGAUUUUUUAGUGUCUUCUCUGAUAAGAAACUUACUAUGCGUGCGGUUAAUAUUUGAUUUCAUGGUCACGAUCUAUUUAUUUUUCCAUUUUCGUGACCACACCGUUCAUUACCAAAGAAAAAGGUGUCAAGCACGUUUCUUACGUCGCACAGUGGGUUAUUUGCUCGAUCUAGUUGGACAAAAGUCAGUUUUGUUAAACUCAUUACAGGUAAAAGUAACUUUUUAUCUGAGAAAGGCAAGUACCACGGAGGUAAUAAACUGCAACUGUUUUCAUCUUCACAUUAACAUGUAUAGCUUCUGAUGAUUAAUUGAAACUUGACCGUGUCUCACAAUGAACGUACAUUUUGUUGCUUAUUUCCGCGAUAAUAAUCUUUCAAAUUCGUCACUUUUUCCUGUUUUUAAAGGUACCUGUCAGUAUCAAAUUAUUUCCUACAUUGUUCUGAAGUACGUAAAGGUGCAUAAGUCUCAAGCAUUUUAAUUAAAAUUUCAUUCAUUUCAACAUACUUAGAGUAUUAAGGAAAGGAAUUUUUUAGUUAAAUUUAAAGGAUCUAUCAUCAUAACUUGAAAGGAUUUGUUAAAAUACAUGAAUCUCCUUGUGAUCAUUGCGAAUAUAAUAAAUGGUCAUAUGUGAUAUUUUUUCACUAAGGAUUACUUUUACUUGAAAAUUUUGUUUUUGGGAGCAUCUUGGGUUAAAACAAUGACUCGAAGAGAUAUAUAUCAAAGAGAAAUAUUUCAAAAUAUAUUUCAUAUAAUGCAACAAAAAUAACAUUGUAAUAUUAAUGAAAAAUUAAAAUUUGUUAAAAAUUACAUUUUGAGUCAUGAAGAAUACUUGGAGGAUUAGACCAAGAAAAUUAAAAAUAAAUUUCCAUAUAUAAAAUCUGAAAUAAAACAUACAUUUUGUACACAUAUCUUAGUUAUAUUUAAUUGUAUGUACAUAUUAUUAUAUUUAUCGAUAAUAACAAUUAAACCAUUAAAAACACAUUCUAAUGAUUUUUUGUCUUUAAAUUGUUUUAAUUUUACCACAAAUAAGUCAGUAAUCAUGUUGUCGAUCAAGCAAAUAACAGAAGUAAUUUUGACCAGCUAAAUUGGAAAAACAUCCCACUGUGUGUCAAUUUAACAAUUUUAAGAAAGAGUAAAUGAUGGAAAUUGUGUAAUUUUGUUUAAUAGCAGAAGAAAGGAAAUUAUAAUUUUUAGAAACCAGUGUGUCUAUUGACAAGUUAACAGCAUCGUUGAAAAAUAUCUGUGCUUUGUAGUGAAGUGUUGGAUGGUAUUUUAUCAAGUGUCUAACAAUGAAAAAUACCUGACAUCAACAUCACAAAGAUCAUGGAAGUUGAUAGUGAAAUUGAAUGAGAAUUCGUUUCGUCGAAAAGUGGAAUUUACAGCGUAAGACGACAAGUGAACUGAUAGCAGUAAAAAAGAAGAAAAUAAAGAACUGAACGUAUCGUUGUUGAAAAUUGAUAAAAUUAGUUAAAAGGACAGAAAGGGGCUUAGGAACGAAAAGGAUUACACGAGGGGAGAGUAUCGGAAAGCGAGUGUACACAUUCGUGGAUUGCGUAAUAAAAAGGGAGAGAGAGAGAGUGAAAAAGAAAAAAACUCAGUGUGUUUGUAAAUAAGAGUUAUUUUUCGUAUGAGGGAAAAGGAGCUACAUCGACGUCGAAACGAGGAGAAACGAGUGAGAAGACGUUUAAAAGUCCUUCAACGAAAGAAGGUUCGGAGGACUUUCUCUCUCUCUCUCUCUCUCUCUCUUAGAAGGAUAUACGAAGGUGAUAAAACACUGGUAACAGAGGAUAAGAAAGAGGUGAAUGAAGGAGAAAGAAAUACAGUGUCACAAUUAUUAUCGAGCCUUUUUUCUAUAGCCUUCAUUCAAAAUCAAUCGUGUUUCUUCCACUUCUAGAAGAAUAUUAUUCGCGAAGAGUGACUAGUUUAGAUUUGAAAAGACUGAAAAAAUUUUCACGGGAAGCAAGAGAGAGAGAGAGAGAGAGAGAGAAAGAGAGAGAGAGAGAGAGUGAGCGUAUAAACGGAAGUAAUAUAAGAAAAAAGAAAGAGACCGUGAAAAAGAACACCUGGAAAAGAAGGGCUGAAAAGAAAGAAAGAAGAGAAAAAGAGAAGUGUGUGGUGAAGAAGGGAAAGGGGGAAAGAGUGCACGCUCUGAAGCGGUAUUGAGAGGGCUGGCGUGCCCCAUGUUGUGAGCGUCUGAAGACUGCCGGGGGCAGAAGUGAAAGGGUGGGAGGGAGGGAAGGGUAAGGGUGCCGCUGGUAUGGAGUAUGGAAGCGGCGGGGGCGGAGGCGGUGGGGGCCGUGGGGGUGUCCAACCACCCUCCGCAGGUGCGAGGGGUAUGGCGGGAACAGACACUACUGAUGCUGCAUGGCACAAACACGAACAAAUGAUCCUUAUGGAAUCGAGACAUAAGCAACAAUUAAGCGGAAGGGCGGGUGCAGGCGGUGGCGGUGGUGGAGGCGGCGGCGCGCCCCUUUACGGUCGUCUGGUAGCUGAGGAGCCAUUACCUCCUACAGUAUGUGGGGGUGCCGGUACCGGUGGCGGUACUGGCGGGGUUCCGCAAGAAACCCCCGCGGAUAUACACGCUAUGCAAGCUAGGAUACCCCAUAGGUUUCGUGAUCCAGCUACGGCACCUCUUAGGAAACUCAGUGUAGAUCUCAUCAAAACUUACAAGCACAUCAACGAGGUUUAUUAUGCUAAGAAAAAGAGAAGGGCGCAACAGAUGCAAGGAGAAGAUGGUUCCCAUAAAAAAGAAAGAAAAUUGUACAACGAUGGUUGGGAUGACGAUAAUCAUGAUUAUAUUAUCAAGAAUGGGGAAAAGUUCCUCGAUCGUUAUGAGAUCGAUUCGCUAAUAGGUAAAGGCAGUUUUGGCCAAGUAGUAAAAGCGUUUGAUCAUGAAGAACAAACGCAAGUGGCAAUAAAAAUUAUCAAGAACAAAAAACCUUUUCUAAAUCAAGCGCAAAUCGAAGUGAGGCUAUUAGAAAUGAUGAACAGGGCGGAUACCGACAACAAAUAUUAUAUAGUUAAACUAAAAAGGCAUUUUAUGUGGCGGAAUCAUUUAUGUCUGGUAUUUGAACUGUUAUCGUAUAAUCUAUAUGAUCUACUUAGAAAUACGAAUUUUCGAGGAGUGUCGUUGAACUUAACAAGGAAGUUUGCACAGCAACUGUGUACUGCCCUUUUGUUCCUGUCUACACCGGAAUUGAACAUCAUUCACUGUGAUCUGAAACCUGAAAACAUACUUUUGUGCAAUCCCAAACGAAGUGCGAUAAAAAUAGUGGAUUUUGGUAGUUCAUGUCAACUUGGACAAAGGAUAUACCAGUAUAUUCAAUCCAGGUUUUACCGGUCUCCUGAAGUCUUAUUAGGAAUACCUUAUGACCUUGCGAUAGACAUGUGGAGUCUAGGAUGUAUUUUAGUUGAAAUGCAUACAGGAGAACCUCUGUUCAGUGGGGCCAAUGAGGUCGAUCAGAUGAAUAAAAUUGUAGAAGUACUAGGAAUGCCACCGAAACAUAUAUUGGACCAAGCGCAUAAAGCGCGGAAAUACUUUGACAAAGUCCCCACGGAUGGCUCGUAUGUGCUGAAAAAGUCAAAGGAUGGUAAAAAGUACAAACCUCCUGGUACAAGACGCUUACAUGAUAUCUUAGGUGUCGAAAGCGGAGGCCCUGGUGGUAGAAGGAUAGGUGAACCUGGUCAUUCAAUUUCCGAUUACCUCAAAUUCAAAGACUUGAUCCUGCGAAUGUUAGACUUUGAUCCGAAAACAAGAGUGACACCGUAUUAUGCACUUCAGCACAAUUUCUUUAAGCGUACAGCCGACGAGGGGACCAACACAAAUAUUGCUGCUGCCAACAGUGCUAACACGAGCCCGGCAGUGGUAUCGAUGAGCCAAGAUCAUGGACUGGUAACCAUGUCAGGACAGGGAAGCAACAACAGUGGCAAUCCGAUGCAAGUAUCAAGUCUCCCUGGUGGCUAUCAGCCAAUGGAGUGCGAGUCAUCACCUCGUCAUUUGGGGAAUCGACGCGUUGUUACAACAAACUAUCCGUCAACUUCGGCCACUGGGGUGUCUGCAUCCGGCCCGAUGUCCAUGCAAUCUGUAGACAGUUCCCUGAUACAAAGCUCUCUUGGAUCGUAUAAUAGCCUAAUUCUCCCUGGUAUACCCCAUCUGCCUGCGAUGAUGACCUCACCGAUGAUUCAGCAGCAGAACUUUUACAAUUACGGUUAUUCAACGACUGAUACGCACGGAAUAGUCAGACAACCGUCGACAGUCUCAACCGGCAAACAAAGAGACCCAGAAAGGGAAGACAGUCCUAUGGUUGGAGUAUGCGUCCAGCAGAGUCCAGUUGCUAUUCACUGAAACGAAACAGAAUAAAAAGGAACUACGGCGAUGGCCAAUUACACAUACUAUCGUCGCGUUAGCGGUACCGUCAAAAAUAUAUAUUAGGUGAUUAUAUAUACUGUAUAUACGAAGUUCAUGACGAUACCGUAAAAUCUAUCGUACUGUUUAUGAAAAAAAAAGAAAAGAAAAAGAGGGAAAUGAGAACGGGCAGUAGGAAAUUUGAAGUCCUUCCCCGUUGCAUUGCUUUGCAUUUCGUCGUUUUAUUGGUUAUGAGAAAUAAUUUGAGACAAAAGCACUACAAAUAUAGUAUUGCUGCGUAAACGUGUUGAAAAAAUAAGAGUACAUUAGUAAGAGUACAUUGCUUCAAACUAACAGCUUAAAACAAAAACGAAACAUAAAAGACAGGUUAACAAAGCAAUUCAUCAUACAAGAAAUUCUUCGUUCGUUUAUGAGAAAAGGAAAUUUUAAAAAUAUAUGAGUGGCUUCUUUAAAAACAAAAAGAUGGGGGGGGGAAGAAAAAAAGAAAAAGAAUGAGAAAUAUUCAGUUGAAAAAUAGAAAUACGAAGGAAUGCAAAGGAAAACAUGAGGGAAACUUCCUUUUUCCAUUUUGUCUUUCUCUUCUUAGUUUUUUUUAUUUAUCUAUCUUAAGAAGCCGACUGGUCUUACAUUGGGCACGGAUAUACCGCGUCCGGCACAGAAGCUUAUGAUACUUUGCUUAUGAGCACGGACAGACAAACAUGGUCUAGUGAGGAUGAACCCAGCUGGCCUCUCGGGUCCUGCCCGAUUCUGCAAACACUCCAAAUGCUUUAGUCGCGUGCAAACGUCGUUAAUAAAUUUUGGCACCCAAACUGUGUGGCCUAGAGAGCGAAAAAGUGAUAAUUACUAUUAUUAAAAAUGCAUUAAACAGAAGGAAAAAUAAGAAUUACCAGUGUAAGCAUAUACUCCAAUAGAGUUUUAUACACAAUGUCACGAAUAUAAACGGUUUAGCAAGUAAUUGCUAGCAAACAGUCGCGUCAAAUGCUAGUUAUUUGUACAAUAUACAUAGAUAAAUGAUAAGAGUGCAGCUUUAGGAUUUAGCUUUUAAGUGUGAAAGAGGAGAACACUGACAUUGUAAACUCGACUCUUUUAUUUACUUUGAUGAAUAGAAAAGAGGACGUUGCAAACGUCAGUUUGUUACCGACGAAGGACUUUAAACAAACGAGGUUUGCAUGAUUUAACAACAAUACAUAUUUAUACAGAAGACAGUAAUAAGAAAGUUAAAAGGCAGUAUACACAUAAGAUCAAGAUCGAUAUAAUCAUACAAAAACCUAGAUACUUUAUAAUAAACGAUACGCGCGUACUCAUAUACAUAUGUUUCCAAUGGCAGUCGUAAUUGAUUUUUGCCGUUUCACUUUGGUAAUAGUAAUGUUAUUUAUAUUAUAUUAAUAUACCUUCAGCAUAAGUUUAUAAUCGUUUUCUGGCACUUGCACAUUUCUUUUCAAGUUCUGAUAAUUGUAUCGAUCGAUAUGGUCCUUCUAAUGAAUUUCUCUUAUUUUUUCAUAUUUGGUUCUAGAAUACCGACAACUAGGAACGUAAAUUUCGAUGCCAGAAUGCGAAAUAUUAAAUACAAACAAAUUGUGUCAAUAACGAUAAGAUAAUAUAAAACAAGACACGACGAACGAUGUAAAUUUUCGAUACUUAUUAAUAACAUAUACUGCAACAAAUAAUUCUUGAGAUAUUUUGCAUGUUUCUAUUCUUUGUUGUGGCAUAUACAUUAAACAGGUUGAUUUUUAAAAUUAUUUUACGAUAUUUUAUUGACCGUUUUGUAUUAUUUUACAGAAACUAAAUAUACAUUCGAAUGAUACUUUAAUAUUUUAUUGUAUGCAGUAUGCCAGCUUCUUAUCGGCUUAUUCGAAGCAUGUGAUUAUAUAAUUUUAACAUUGUUUAUUCAGGUUUUUAAUAUUUUGUUUUUAAUAACACUGAUUUUGAAUAUUUUUCAUUCACAAUAUUAUAAUUUACAUGAAAGGAGCUUAACUUAAAAUAUGCAUCGUUUUCUCGAGGAAAUUUUUUCUGUACACCUCAAGAGAAUUUCAAACUUACAUUAAUUUCCUUAUUUUCUAUUAUACGAAUUUAUGAAAGAGAAUGAAAUGUUUGAAUUUUCGAGAAUUGCUUGUUUAGAUAGGCUGCUUAGAAUCCUGCAUUUUUUAAAUAUUUGCAUUGUGAAGAUUUGCCGAUAGACGUAAUGACUCGCGAAACGACAUUCGUUCGAAUUCAUAGAUUUCUACCAUCAAGUACUAAAAAAUUUAUAUUAGUAUUUUUACUUCGCCCUAAUGUAUGACGAUCAUUGCUUAUGUUAUGUUAACUUUAAAAGGUAUAACGAAUUUCUGUUUUAAGUGGAAUAAAUGAGAAAUGAUAAACGCAAUGGUGUAAAUUCGAUCUAAAAUUAUAAUUACUAACAACCAUGAAGUUAUUCUUAAAUUUCUAUGUUAGCGAGAAACAUUUUGCCGUGACGAUAUCUCUCAACUUUAUAAAGAGAGUAUGGAAGAGGGAAAGCGAGAAAAAACGAAAAUGUGUGUGUGUGCGUGCAUACGCGCGCGCGCGUGUGUGUGUGUGUGCGUGUGUAGUACGUGCGUCGUGCGUGCGCGUGUAUGUGUAUGAGAAAGAGAGAGAGAGCAAGGGAGAGAAUGAUUUUUCAAACAGAAAACAUUGUUUGUCAGAUUUAGUCAAGAUUUUUCAUGACAAUUUCUGACAUUUCGAUAAUCUUGUUGAACGGCAAAAAUCAGUACGCUCUAUAAACGUAGACAAAAUGUGUGAUGAUUCCACACAUGCCCUCUUCCGAAUUCACGUUAUGUAUUGUGCUCAUCAGUCCUCCAAAGAACUAGAAUUCCUGCUCCUUCUUCUCUUCUUUUCUCUCUUUUUUUUUUUACUUAUGUAUUUUGGUACGAGGAAAGUUCACUUUUGAUAAAAUUGUAGCACAAGAAACUGUAUUAUAGGAAAAUGUCGUCUUCUAAGUCCUUUUUUCGUUAAAAGGAAACGAGGAAAGAUUUAGAAGAGGUUGACUUUUGAGCACAAUGCAGUUUUUUCCAACGUAUCAUCGAAGCAUUUUCUCAUCUGACAGUUAUUAAUUUUUACCAAAACGAUUACCAUUACUUUGAUUAGAUAAAAGAUAAAGUGAUUGAUUGUAUCCUAUCACUUACUAGUAAAUUUAGUAGAGUUGCCGCUUGUAAAAAAAGGCGAUGAUCGUUACAUAAAAUUGAAAUUCAAAUUCGUUUAAUAUUUACAAUGAAAAAGAAGGGGAAAUGUUUUAAAUGUGUGCAAUUUCACUAAUUACUAUGGAGAUCUUUAAAAAAUACUCGGAAGAGUGGUGUCGAUUAUUCGAAAAAGAAAAAAAUUGGUGAAACAAAAGAAGUAUAUGUCGGAUAACAAAUGAAAUUGACAAAUUUUCGUUAGAAAGUGGAAUUCAUAUAUUAUACAACAAUAGAUUCAUUUCAAACGCGCCAAUUAAUUUUUCAUAUAAAAACUUUUUACACAGAGAAUACGUUUCAAAAUAUUUUCAUAUUUUUCCAUUUGUAACGUAUAUGUUUCUUAUAGUUUUUGUACCCCGAAAAAAUUUGUCCACUCAACAAUUGUCGCAAAAUGUAGAGUAUUUAUGCCAAUUAGCAAACAACAGAGUUGUAUACAUUUAAAUAGUAUAAGAACCGAUCACGAUUCGUGUUUCAAAUAAUUUUAAUUGAAUAAAAUUUAAUUAAUUUACUGUCGAUAUAUCACUAAAAAACUUUUGUAUAUUUUUUAUUGCUUCAUAAUGGUAUACAGGAUAUCUUCAUAUUUUGAAAAAACGAGUUAUUUUAUUAAUUUCUGUCUAAAAAAAAUUAAAACAACUUCAUCAGGGUAUUUAUUAAAAAAUUCACUUUACGCUUUUUUCACUCAAAUUAUUAAAUUGGUUAAAUGAUUUGAAAACCAUACGUUAUAUUUAUGCAAAUCUUAAAACAAAUUCUUUGAAACACAUUGUGACUGGAUUAAAAUACCAUAAGUUUCCUAACGUCAUGUGUAAAAACAUUGUGUUCAGAAAAUAUACUAUAAUACACGACUGAUGUAUGCCUGUUAUGCAAAGUGCGUACGUCUAUAGACGAGAAGAAAUGAUGAGUACACAUCCAUCAUUUCAGUUUCUUGUUUGAUGAUUGCACACGCUAACCGACAUAAAAAAUGUAAGGAAUGAAUACAGAAAACAAACUGAAUUAAGAAAAACCAAUUUAUUAAGAUGAAAAUUAACAAGCCUCCAUACAAGAUGAAGAAAAAGUUGUAUCUACCCUGUAAACAUUUUCAUAUUAUAUUAUAUUACAUUAUAUUAUUAUUGCUAUUA